GCCAUGCAUAAAGUCGUUUACAAUCUUGACAACGCCAUCGCCAGCUUCUGUUCAGCUGCUAGAGUCUCGAGGGCGCAAUGCGAUGGCUUUGACCGCCAAAAGUUCGGAGGGCAGAUUCACGCCGUUGACUUCCAAGGGAUGACUAGCUAUACUGUAGUUGCAGGGUCGAACGGUGAUGAGAUCAUCCAGUUUCGAGAGCAGUCCGCCAUACUGGACAUGGACAUGGUGAAG